AUGCAUGUGAUUCUACUGGGAACCUGCGACGUAAGUAUCCAGACAAAUCAGGUGUGAGGGCUCACGGGCAACACGCUGUCGAAACCACUGAAACCACUUAGCUGAUCAACUUCGACGUCGCAGACCAAGCUUGACGAGCUGCUUUACCUUCGCGAACAAAUCCUGGACAGCGGCGGCUCCGGCUGCAGAGUCACGCUGGUCGAUGCCGGGCGAUCGCCUGUGAAGCACCAGGCCAUCGCCAUCUCGCAAGACACUCUCACAUCGCCUCCAUAUGCACCCGACAACCAUCAUCAGGAUGUCCGGCGUCUUGCGCGGGGAGACGUGAUCAAGUACAUGACGACGUGUGCUUCGAACUGGCUGCGGGAAGCUUUGCGGAGAGGACAGGCGAAUCCUGGGAAUGCGAUUCAUGGCAUUGUCUCCGCCGGAGGCACGGGUGGGACUGCGCUGGCUUCGGGUGUCAUGAGGGAUGUGUUGCCCAUCGGCUUCCCGAAACUCAUUGUCUCGACGGCUGCUUCGGGGGACACCGGGCCGUUGGUGGGCGAGACGGAUAUUACGUUGACGUACAGCGUGGUCGACAUCGCCGGCACGAAUUCGUUACUGAGGCGAAUCCUGGCCAACGCGGCGGGUGCCAUUGUUGGCAUGGCCCGGUCCUAUGAACGCUCACUCUCCGAGCCAACAGACGACGUGCAGCAGAGGAAGCGGAUCGGCCUCACCAUGUUCGGGGUCACGACGCCUUGCGUAGACACGGUAAGGCAGCAUCUGGAAUCGAACUACGACGUCGAAUGUUUCGUCUUCCAUUGCACGGGCCACGGCGGCAAAGCAAUGGAGCGACUCGUCGAGCAAGGCGACUUGGAUGCCGUUCUGGACAUCACCACCACGGAAAUCUGCGACUACCUCUGUGGUGGCGUCAUGAGUGCUGGAGAGCACCGGCUGGAAGCUGCUCUGAAGGUAGGGAUUCCGUACAUAUUAUCCGUGGGAGCGACGGACAUGGUGAACUUCGGUCCCAAGCCCACCGUGCCGGAGAAGUACCAGCAGCGCAAGCUAUACGAACACAACCCCACCGUCACGCUGAUGCGGACUUCAAGGGAGGAAUGUCGAGCCACGGGGCAAUUCAUCGCGGAGAAAAUCAAUCAUCAUGCACGCAAAAGGGAGGUUGUCCAGGUCGUUCUUCCGCAAGGCGGCGUCAGCAUGAUCGCCACGCCUGACGGCCCUUUCUACGAUGCUGAAGCGGACAGGGCCAUCUUCUCCGCCCUCCGCGACGGGCUGAGAGAUUCGGGCGUCACCUUGACGGAAGACGAGCGUGCCAUCAACGAUGCGGGCUUUGCGGAGGACGUCGCUGAGAGACUUGUUUCCGUCAUGGGCCUGGAGCGCCGAGGACUUGAGGAGGUAUAA